AGUUUUUAAAAUCCAACCACAAUGAAGAUGAAGGUCACGCUGGUACUCAUUGGUGUGUUUCUGUCAGAAGCAUUGGCACUGACAUGUCUUCAGUGCUCUGUAACGACGAAUGGACCAUGCCAGAGCACCCAAAACUGUUUGGGCAUGUGUGGCAUGUCAGCCUUAUAUACACAGGACGACUUGAUUAGUUAUUCAGCGCAGUGCACACCAAAGGAAAAAUGUGUCAGCGGAAACAUGAGCACAGCAGUUACUAACUAUACUAUCAGCACCGGGUGCUGUGAUUCUGACAACUGCAUCCCAAACCCAACAGUCCAGAGCAGGCCUCCCAGCGGGAAACAGUGUUAUUCAUGCAGUAACAGUAACAAGAACUGCUCAACAACGGUUAAGUGUUCCGAAGGUCAAGAUCGCUGCAUCCGCACAAAAGUUGUUCUAGGUAACAGUAGCAUGACUGUUUCAGGAUGUGCAAGCAAGAGCUUUUGUGAUAAGACUCCGUUUUUGCUGUCGAGUGUGCUGAGGACCAAUUUCACGGAAAUAACCUGCUGUCAGGGGAAUCUGUGUAACAGCGCUGGGGAUGUUAAGAUGAGUCUCCUCACCAUGCAGCUCUUUCUGCUCUCCUCCAUCUUCUUCCUCUAAACUCUGCUAUUAUGCUGCUUUUCUCAGUGCGUUAUCUUUCACUUGUGCGCAAAGCUAACAGGAGCACUACGGCUUCUGGGAACAGCUGGGUUAUUUGCGCAUGUAUUGUGUUAAAAAAAUAAAGAGAAUUUUCUUCUUUAAAGGACACAGUCUGGUUACAUAAGCAUUGCUUACAGUGAUUGUCUUCUUCGGAGUUUGAAUGUACAGUUCUGGGAAAAACCUUUGGUAACCCUUUCUUUGACAGUCCCCUAAGUUCUAGGUAUUAACCAGGUAAGUGUGAGGUACAAACUCCAAAGUAUUAGGUAAUUAUUUUAGGUGAGAAGAUGGUCAGUACCAGAAUAGUCUAAAUGAAUUAUACUGAAAUGUCUCAAUUGUUCUAGGUAUUACCCAGCUAAGGGUAAGGUAUAAAUUCCAAAGAACUGGGUAAUUAUUUUAAGUAAUAAGAUGGUAAGUAACAGGAUAGUCUAAAAGAAUUACUAUGAAAUGUCUCACGGGUUCUAGGUAUUACCCAGGUAAGUGUGAGGUAGAAACU